AUGACCGACGAGCAACUCUUGGACGUGUUCCGGAGGCGAGUCGACAACGCCAGAGGGGGAAAGACCGUGGAGGAGCGCAAGAAUGAGCUGAGGCAGUCGUUAAAGCCGUGGAUGGAUGCCGGCCUCGGGUACCGGGGCCCGAAGCGGCCGGGGCUCUUCCUGCCCGACGGGACUCGCAACCCGGCCAGGCCGGCGCGAGUGACAAUCCCCGCCAGCCCCGGAGCGAUCUCAACUGGAACUGGGACAGCAACCGCCGGUCCUGGGAAGGCUCCGAAAGGCACCAAGGAGCCUCAGCCAACCAGCAAGGGGAAUAAAUCCUCAAAAGGCACCGGAAUAAGCUCCACGAUCGGCAAGGGGAAUAAAUCCUCGACCGGCACUGGGACAAGCUCAUCGACCGGUACCAAGGCACCUCCGCCUCCAAAAGCUGGCAAGGGGCCACAACCCUUGCCCACUGGCAAGGAUUUAUUGUCCGGUACUGGGAAAGUUUCAUCCCCCGGCAUCAGGAAAGGGUCAACGAAAAGCAAGCAGCCGAGUCCCCUCAGCAGGCCUCCGAUCAGGCCGGAAGAUGCUGAAGAGGUUGUCACUGACACCCCCACUGGGACGGACGGGGCUGGCUGGCGACGCCGGGACGAUCUUUUCGAAGCUCAGGUCAUGGACGGGGCUGAUGUCAGGUUCUUCGCCAAAUCGGAGCGGAUUUCUGCAGUGCCCAAGCUUGCGAGCACGAUAGAUUACAACACAGAGAAUUGGGAAUAG